AUGUCUGAUGAAGAAGAUUCCUCCCCCGACUGGGCAUUGGUUCCGAGUAACAUUGUGCCAGUGCUCGGCAUCAAGCGCCUCAAACAGAUUGAGACGAUGUUUGUCUCCUGUCGACUUCAAGGUGCAAACACUCACGGGCUAAGUGUCGAGACCUUGUUGGAUGUGCUGUUAGUCUUAUACGACGAGUGCUGUAAUAGCAGUCUAAGGAGAGAGAAAGCGGUGGCUGACUUUAUUAACUAUGUGAAACCAGUGGCAACAGCAUUGAAGCGUCUAAGACUAUCCCGUGAUGAUUUCGAAUUGGUCAAGGUGAUUGGGCGAGGUGCUUUUGGAGAAGUGUGUGUUGUUAGAGCUUCCUUUAUGCAGAAUGGUGAAGGCAAUGGUGCGUCUGGUGCUACAAGCAGUGAGCGAGUUUACGCUAUGAAAAUACUUAAUAAGUGGGAGAUGCUCAAGCGUGCGGACACAGCGUGUUUUCAAGAAGAAAGAGAUGUGUUAGUGUUUGGCGAUAGACGGUGGAUAACUAAUUUGCACUAUGCCUUUCAAGAUGACCAUAAUCUGUAUCUCGUCAUGGAUUACUAUUGUGGAGGGGACCUCUUAACACUACUCUCGAAGUUCGAAGACCGUCUUCCGGAAGACAUGGCAAGGUUUUACAUAACUGAGAUGGUGCUGGCUAUACAGAGUGUACACGAAUUGCGAUAUGUACAUAGGGAUAUAAAACCAGACAAUGUGCUUUUGGACGCCAGCGGGCAUAUUAGAUUGGCGGAUUUUGGGUCAUGUCUGAGGCUAGGGGAUGAUGGCAAGGUGCAGAGCAACGUCGCAGUUGGUACGCCGGAUUACAUCUCUCCAGAAAUUUUGAGGGCAAUGGAGGACGGUCAAGGUCGAUAUGGCCCAGAAUGUGAUUGGUGGUCGCUUGGUGUAUGCAUGUACGAGAUGUUGUUCGGCGAGACACCGUUCUACGCGGAAUCGCUUGUGGAAACAUACGGGAAGAUAAUGAACCACGCGAGAUGCUUCCACUGUCCGCCGCCCGACGAGCAAGCUACGCAGGUUUCAGAAGAAGCAAAAGAUCUAAUCCGAAGGCUGAUAUGUGCGUCCGAAACGAGACUUGGCAGAAAUGGUAUACAGGACUUUAAGAGUCACCCUUGGUUCAGUGGUGUAGAGUGGGAUACGGUUCGGGAAGCGAGUGCGCCGUUCGUUCCCGACGUGGCGAGCCCAACGGACACUUCUAAUUUCGAUGUCGACGACACUGACAUACGGUUGUCAGAAGCUGUACCACCGCCAUCUGCAUCAUCAGCAUUUUCUGGUCUCCACUUACCGUUUAUUGGAUUCACCUUCACAGCUGGUUCUAGGUUGUCGGAUCUUGGUGCGCCGACUCCACUUAGUCCAGCUAAAAAUGCACCAAGCCAGGCUCCAUCAAAUGCUGGCGACAGAGCUGCACUGAAAGCCCUGGAACGGGAGAAUGCGUUGUUGGCGCAAACCAUAGCCGAGUUAAGAGCGUGCACGCAAGUCGAUGGUGGCGCUGAUGAAGUAACACAACUAAGAGAAGAACUGACAGCGUUGAAAAAGAAGAAUAUCGAAUUGGAGGCUCUGACGAAACGAGCAGAAAUUGCAACUACUAAUCUAACACAGGAUUUAGCAUCUGCACCGCAACAAUUGGUGUCAAAAUUAAAAGAGCUUGAAAUUACCGUAGACAGCCUCAACACGGAGAAGGAGGAACUCUUGAAAGAUAAAAUGGACUCCAUUGAAAAGUUACGUUUACAGGAUAAGGAACUCCGCGAUGCCCUAUCCCAACGCAAGCUAGCGAUGACCGAAUACAACGAAGUGACAGAUAAGCUGUCAGAGCUGAGGCAACAGAAACAGAAAUUGUCGCGGCAGGUCCGUGACAAAGAAGAGGAGUUAGAAGUUGCUAUGCAGAAAAUAGACGCGUUACGACAAGACAUCCGAAGAGCUGAUAAGGGAAGAAGGGAACUCGAAGCUAGGCUUGAUACCGCUGUUGCUGAAGCUACUAAGGAGCGCAAAUUAAGAGAGGAGACCCUUCGGCUACAACGCGUGGAAGCUGGCGCUUCGCCCUCUUCCACGCAGCCUUCAGCGGCCGCUGAUGUUGCUAAGUUGCAGGCAGAUAUCGAAGCCCUGGAGGCGCAGUACGCGGAAUCAUUAACGCAACAACAAGCACGGUACACGGCCGAGGUGAACUCUUUACGAGAGCAAUUGCACGAGACUGACGCUUUGCGAUCUAUGCUAAAUAGAGAGCUACAAACAUCUAAAGAGAAAUUGGAGAAUCGUCGUCUGGAGCAAUUGACAGACAGCGAAGACAAACAGAUGUUAAUCAACGACAACAGAAAACUCGCAAAAGAUCUCGAUGCUAUGGCUGAAAACGGUCGUCGCUGGCAAGCAGAGAGAAGACAACUAGAGAUGGAGUUAGACGAGUUAAGAUCGAAGAGAGACACAAUGCAACACUGGGAGACUCAGAUCGCAGACAUUAUCAGAUGGGUAGCAGACGAAAAAGAAGCACGUGGAUACCUACAGGCAUUGGCCACCAAAAUGACUGAAGAGUUGGACUAUUUGAAACAUGCAACAGCCUCGCGCACAUCCGGUCCAGUGUCUCCCGGUGGCGUCACAUCCGGUCCUGGUGGCGCCGCGGGAGCGCAGGGCGGCUGGAGAAAUAGACGAUCACAGAAGGUCGACAAAAUGGAAAUACUCACGCUGCAAUCAUCGUUGCAUUCAGAGAUACAAGCCAAACAGGCCGUGGGCGAAGAAUUGAGCCGUACGCGAGCGGAGUUACUCGCGAGUCAAAGAGAGCUAAUCGAAACGCGUCAACGACUGGACUCGCUCGCUCAUGAUAUGAAACGCAAGGAGCAACACAUCCGCGAUAUGCAGGCGAAGUUGGAUGCGCCUGCGCCGGGACAUAACUCCUUCCUCGAUAGGCCGCCAUCGCAAAUGAGUUACCUGGAGCAAUUCUUGAAGGACGCUCCGCCGGAGAGACAUUACGAUAAUGUCAGCACAAUUAACAACGAACAGAAGAUCAUGUACGGGUCACAGCAGUCGACGGCGUUAAGCGGUUCAGCGGAGUCGCAAGAUGAAAUGGAACAGCGUGCUGCUUCGCCAAUAUCCUGUAAAAGUUCGCCCAGUGAAAUGUCAACUUACUCGUUACAGGACAAACAGAGACUUCACCAGUUCCUAGUGAGAACGUUCAGUAGUCCAACGAAAUGCAACCACUGCACGUCGCUCAUGAUUGGAGUAACUCGCCAAGGCGUCGUAUGUGAGCGAUGCGGUGUGGCCGUACAUACUGCGUGUUGUGCGCUCGUUGCGCCGAGGUGUCCCCUACCGGCCGAGAGAUGUCGCCGACCGCUGGGUAUAGACCCUGCUAGAGGACAGGGUACGGCGUAUGAAGGUUAUGUUAAGGUGCCAAAACCAGGUGGCGUGAAGAAGGGGUGGAUGCGACAAUUUGUCGUCGUUUGUGAUUUUAAACUGUUCCUCUAUGACAUAUCGCAGGAUAGGAACGCGUUGCCAUCAGUGUGCGUAAGCCAAGUGCUGGACAUGCGGGACCCAGAGUUUAGUGUGACGUCAGUUAAGGACUCUGAUGUUAUACACGCUAGCAAGCGGGACAUACCUUGUAUAUUUAGGAUAUCUACGUCCCAAUUGGAAGGAGGAAAACGUUACCACACGCUGAUGUUGGCGGAGUCAGAGUCAGAGAAGACAAAAUGGGUGGUGGCACUUAGCGAGCUACAUAGGAUACUCAAACGGAAUAAUCUUCCUGAUAAAUGUGUGUACAGUGCGGCUGUAUUAGUAGAUUCGUCGUCGUGGGCUGGUGUGCGUGGAGUUCAGUGCGCAUGCGUCGUCGAACGGAGUAGGUUAUGUUUGGGGGGCGAUUUCGGUCUCGCGUUAUUGGAUCUCGAGCGGGGAGAAAUAGUACCCCGGAGGGCCCACGCUCCGGUGGCUCGGUUACAUUAUGUACCUGCUGAACAUUUGUUAGUGGUAAUUGCCGGUCGCGGUCGACACGUCCGUCUAGUCCCGAUACGUGCGUUGGAGUGCCCCGAAGCGGAGAGCGUGAAGCUCGCGGAAGCGAAGGGCGCUGUCGACGUGGCUGUGGGUGAACUGAAUGCCACAGCGUACGGGUUCGCUGUUGUUUGCAAACGCCAGAAUUCAUGGGUGGUGCUAGUGUACGAGAUAACCCGUACCGCUGCGAGAAGGUACCGAGUGGCUGAGUUGCGAGCGGCGGCGCCUGUUCUGAGCGUCCAGCUGUGUCGCGGUCGGCUCAUAUUGGGCUAUCGGGGCGGUUUGGUUGCGCAUACGCUGCGUACGGAUCUUGAUCGACCCGCUGUCUCUCUAGUGCACCCUGAGAAUCAAGUGAGCGUAUUUCUAUCUCACUCUGGCGCGAGGCCAUUAUGCGCCAGACCUGCUGGGAACGACUGGCUGCUGGUGUUCAGCGCGCUUGCGUUGUACGUGGAUCGAGUGGGCAUGCGCGCUAGAGACGCCGAGAUCAUGUACACUGCGCAUCCACAGCAUCACGCUGUGAACGACACCCACUUAUUAAUAUUCACGUCAUCCCACAUAGACGUGUACGAUAUCGAAUCGGGAGACUGGGUGCAAACCAUUAAUAUACCUAAUGCACGACCCUUAGAUGAGGGGGGAUGGCUCUGUGCGGCGGGAGGGAGCGGGGGUAACGGUUUUCCCUUCUCAAAUGACACUACACCGUAUCUCGUCUACCUAAGGCCGCUUAUAACGCCGGGGCCUUUGAAUUUGGAAACUGCGACGUACGGCAGUAACAAACGAAGGUAUUCCGUACGAGAACAAUCGCAUCAAGCCAUCGAAGCUCAUAACAGAUUAUCAGAACGCCGUUCCCGUCUAAUAUCGGCGCCCACAAACUUCGCCCACGUGUCGCACAUGGGCCCAGGUGAUGGCAUUCGAUCACAGCGGCUGCUGGAUCUGCCCACGACCCUCGAGACAGCCGACGACAAUGAUCAUCAUCAGAUGUAUAGCAGUAGAGACAGCAGUAAACGCACGUCGCCUCUGACGGUAUCACAUCCCACCGGGUCUUAUAAUGGUUCGUGGCGUUCCGGGAGGUCGCGGGAGCCUCCAACAGAAGCGCCCCCUUCGCCGCCUCUCUCUCAUCGACCUAUGGACAGGUCUGUUGGUGGUGGUUCAGCUGGGAGUGGGUCGCUGUUGGAACGAUCUAUCACGCCUCUGAGUUUGGGCAGUAUGAGCUCUCUACAUGAUGUACUUAAGGUCGGAACGGAGAAUAUGGAUGCCGUUCAGUCAGAUAGCAGUUGCGCCGCGUCGCCGACGCACGCGCAUCAACACGCACACGACACAUGA